AUGGACAAUAAUCACAAUUCUUCAUCAUCUUCAUCUCCAUAUACCGAUCCCUAUCCUCCUUAUCCUCACCACGCUCAACCUAAUCCCUAUCCUCCUGGUCCAUACCCUCCUCCCAAUUCUGCUCCUGGUCCAUACCCUCCCCCUCCAUAUUACAAUCCCUAUUACAAUACUGCACAGCCUGGUGGUCCUCCUCCUCAGCUUCCAUAUCAAUAUCCACCACCUCCUCCGGCACAUUCUGGCGCCAUGGAUUAUCGCUAUCCUCCUUAUCCCUAUCCCGGAUAUCCUAUUCCUCCCAAUGCCAAUGCAGCUCCUCCACCAACCCACCACCCCCAAUACAACCACCACCGGUCACAUUCGUCCGAUUGGGAUCCCUCUGCCCCGCCCCUGGACCAGGCCAGACCACCUGCAGCUCGACCGGCCUUAACCCACUCGAAUUCGGUUGAUAGUGCUCCCUACAAUAGGAAUAUUAUGCAACUUGUCCCAGUUUCAAAUUCUAAAGACUCUUCCAAGGCAUUGUUGUUACAUGGGAAUUUAGAUAUUUGGGUGCAUGAGGCCAAAAAUCUUCCUAACAUGGACAAAUUGACCAAAACAUUUGAGGACAUGUUUGGGGGGUUGGGAAGUAAAAUUGAAGGGCAGGACAAGAACACUAGUGAUCCGUAUGUGUCGAUUUCGGUAACGGGUGCUGUGAUAGGGAGGACUUAUGUGAUCAUGGAUAACGAAAACCCUGUUUGGAUGCAGCAUUUCUCUGUCCCUAUUGCACACCAGGCUUCUGAAGUGCAAUUCCUUGUUAAGGACCAUGAUGUUGUGGGGUCUGAGCUUAUAGGGACCGUGUCAAUACCGGUGGACCGGAUCUAUUCUGGGGCUUCAGUUGAGGGUUUUUUCCCAAUCCUGAAUAGUGGUGGCAAGCCCUGCAAGGCUGGAGCUGUAUUGAGUCUUUCAAUCAUGUAUACACCAAUUGAGAAAUUGAGCUCAUACCAUCAUGGAGUCGGGGCUGGUCCGGAUUAUCAUGGGGUUCCCGGAACCUAUUUCCCUCUUAGGAAAGGUGGGGUUGUGACCCUUUAUCAGGAUGCUCAUGUUCCCGAGGGAGGGCUCCCCAGGGUGGAGCUCGAUGGGAAGAACUACGUGAAUGGAAAGUGUUGGCAUGACAUCUUUGAUGCAAUACACAAAGCGCAGCGUUUGAUUUAUAUUACUGGAUGGUCAGUGUGGCACAAAGUUAAGUUGGUGAGGGAUGCUGGCUUUAAAGGAGAUUCAGCACUCGGGGAUCUUCUCAAGUCCAAGUCACAGGAAGGAGUGAGAGUGUUGCUUCUUGUUUGGGAUGACCCUACUUCAAGGAGCAUUUUGGGCUACAAAACUGACGGAAUCAUGGCAACCCAUGAUGAAGAAACUCGCCGUUUCUUCAAGCACUCUUCAGUUCGAGUACUACUCUGUCCCCGCGUGGCUGGAAAAAAACACAGUUGGUAUAAGCAGAGGGAAACUGGAACAAUUUAUACACACCAUCAGAAAACUGUGAUCGUGGAUGCUGAUGCUGGCAAUAAUAGAAGAAAAAUAGUUGCUUUUGUUGGAGGACUUGAUUUAUGCGAUGGGCGAUAUGACACUAACGAUCAUCAUAUUUUUAGGACACUACAAACUGUGCAUUCAGAUGACUAUCAUAAUCCUACUUACACGGGGAAUACUGCUGGGUGUCCAAGAGAACCAUGGCAUGACUUGCACAGCAAAAUUGAUGGUCCAGCUGCAUAUGAUGUCCUGAACAACUUUGAGGAGCGCUGGUUAAAGGCUUCCAAACCUCAGGGCAUGAAAAAACUGAAAAGGGAAUAUGAUGAUGCUUUGAUCAAAAUAGAUAGGUUAAAAGAAAUGAAUGGGGUGUCUGAUACUCCUUGCCUCGGUGAGAAUGAUCCUGAGAGUUGGCAUGUUCAGAUAUUUCGUUCAAUUGAUUCGAAUUCUGUUAAAGGCUUUCCUAAGGAUCCAAAAGAAGCGAUCAGCAAGAAUCUGGUAUGCGGAAAGAAUGUACUUAUUGACAUGAGCAUACAUACAGCAUAUGUAAAGGCCAUUCGUGGUGCCCAGCAUUACAUUUAUAUUGAAAACCAGUACUUCAUCGGGUCCUCAUACAAUUGGGGUCAAUACAAAGACUUGGGAGCUGAUAAUUUGAUUCCGAUGGAAAUUGCCCUUAAAAUUGCCAAUAAAAUUAGAGCACACGAGAGGUUUGCAGUAUAUAUUAUUAUCCCAAUGUGGCCGGAGGGCACUCCAACAGGUGCUGCUACACAAAGAAUUUUAUUCUGGCAGAACAAAACAAUGCAAAUGAUGUAUGAGAUGAUUCACAAGGCCUUGGUGGAGGUGGGGCUUGAGGAUGCGUUCACGCCACAAGAUUAUUUGAAUUUCUUCUGUCUUGGCAACCGUGAGGCCAUGGGCAAUGACACUUCAGUUGGUGACACUAAUGCAAACACUCCUGAGGCACUGAGUCGAAAAAACCGGAGAUUCAUGAUUUAUGUUCAUUCAAAAGGCAUGAUAGUGGAUGAUGAAUUUGUAAUUUUGGGGUCUGCAAACAUCAAUCAGCGUUCUAUGGAGGGAACAAGAGACACAGAGAUUGCAAUGGGAGCUUACCAGCCUCAUUAUACGUGGGCCAGCAAACAAUCUAAUCCCUGUGGACAGAUCUAUGGAUAUAGAAUGUCUCUGUGGGCAGAGCAUACUGGAGUUCUCGAUGAAUGCUAUAAACAACCAGAGUCCUUAGAAUGUGUGAGACGAGUUAGAUCAAUGGGCGAGGUGAAUUGGAUGCAGUUUGCAGACGACGAGAUAACAGAAAUGAGAGGACACCUCCUGAAGUACCCAGUUGACGUUGAUCGGAAGGGAAAGGUGAAGCCCCUUGCCGGAUAUGAAACUUUCCCGGACGUGGGAGGAAACAUAGUGGGAUCAUUUCUCGGAAUUCAGGAGAAUCUAACUAUCUGAUAGCGUGCCCAGAAGCUUUGCUGCAAAGGAAAUGGAAUACAAAAAAUCAAAAGCAGAAGUGCAGUUUUAAAUUCUGUUGAUACAACUAUAUUAUAUGCCAACAAUAAGGUAUAGCAUAAUUUUUUUUUUUCAAAACAUAGUGUCACUGGCCUCAGAUUUUUAGGAUGUUUCAUUCAUUAUUGUUUAUAUACCAUCAUAUAAAGUAGCCAGCCUAAUUUGUGUGUAGUUUGAAGUGUAAGUGCCUCAAGGAUGGAAAUGUUUGUAAUAAAAGAAGUU